ACUUCAGGCUCAGCAGAAGCAAAGAAAAUACAUCACUGAGGAGACACAAUACAAGUUUUGUCUUUCUCUCGUGUUGUUGCUUUGUGCUAUGUUGUGUUGUUCUUUGUAUCGAAUUUUUCAAAAUAAUUUUCAGUCAUGAAACUGAUGAGUAUCAUCUGUUGAAAGAGACAACAUGGAGAAACAGAAAGUGUUGUCCAAACUAAUGUGGGAUCUUCAGUCCUUCCUGUCGGUUCUGGACUCGGAGAACCUGAGCUACAUUGCUCAGGCCCAGAAGAAGUCCAUCUCAGAGCUGGUAUCCUCCCUCCAGACACAAGAAGCUCCAGUGGAAGACACAGAGUAUGUCCUCAUGAACUGUCCUUCAUCAUCGUCGCCUAUCAACCAAGCAGCAGGAGACUCCAAAGUCUGUACACGAGAUGGGGUCCCCGCGGUGCCGUGCUGCCCACCAGCCGGCGCUCAAGAACCUGUUGGUGAUGAUGAUGAGGAUGAAGAUGCCUAUGAGGAAGCAAAGCCCUACAAAGGUGACAGCACCUCUCACCUGGAGCGAACUGAGUCAGAGAACAGCUACUAUGAGUCAUACGGCGAGGAUGCUGAGGAUGACGAUGAUGACGAAGAGCACGUGAAGGACAAGGCUCACUACAUCCAGUGGAGUUCCUCUCAGCCUUGUCUCAGGCCCCCUUCCGAGUCCCGCCUGUGCGGCUACCUGUGGAGGAGGAAGUGGUUGGGGCAAUGGACCAAGCAGCUCUUCAUCGUUAGGAACCACUUUCUGCUAUGCUACAAAUGUGCACGGGACCUCCUUCCUCACCUGCAGCUGAGCCUGCGCGGCUGCCAGCUGGUUUACAAGUUAAAGAGCAACCAGAAGAUUCCGCACCAACUCAAGCUCAUGCUGCUUGGGGCCAACACCCUGGUGCUCGGGUACAGCAGCUUCCAGCAGGCUGACGAGUGGCGCAGGGUGAUCGAGGAGCUGAGUGCUGGUGAUGAAGAUCAGAACACAUGUGAGAGCAGCAUAGAACCUCCGCUGUGGUCCCACAGGUCUAGUGUGGUCCUGACACACACCAACCAGCAAGAACCAUUACAGCAACAACACAAGAACAAAGGCGUGGUAAGCGUGCUGAUGAACUGUCAGUGGCAGAGUCUCCUUUGUCAGGUAGAGUCGGGAGUUCUCAACAUGUUUGCAAAGGAUGAGGAUGAGGACGAGGACGAGACCCGACGGACACGGGCUCGGUCUCCUCAGUACACGAUGCAGCUCCGAGACUGCGAGGUGAAAGCGGCGGCCGACGGCGAGCACCCGCACAGGAUCGCCCUGAGCGUACUCGGCGAGCGGCUGGCCGUCCUGGAGGUGAGCUCGGCAGACGAGAAGCAGCAAUGGACGCGCCUCCUGAAGGACGCGGCGGCCGGUUACCACGAUGACAAGACCACGCAGCAGCACACACACGUGAGCAGACACAGCCUGAACACGUACAUGGACCAGCCCAUCCACGCCAGCCCACAGCCACAACCGAUCUACUCCAACACCCCCAUGCUAGAGCACAUGCUUCACAAAUCUCAGGAUGCUGCUAUGAUCUACACUAACACUGCCUUCAGCAGCCACAACAUAAAGUGUUCUGAAGUGGCGCCACGUGGCUUUCAGAAGUUGGAUCUGACUGGCAGGAAAGGUGUCGCCAUGAGGGCAGGUUCUGAGGCAAACCUGGUUUUGGCGACCAAUCAGAACAAACGCUCAUCAUUCAGACAGUCACUCGCCGUGUGCAGCGAGCGGGCGCAGAAAAACGUCAGCUGUGUGGGAUAUGCAAGAUGUCUGAGACGGACAAAAUGUAAUGCCUGGAUCAGACUACAAGACAAAUUUGGUCUUUCACAAUCCGCACUGUCAGACCAUGUCAUAUGUCAUACCACCGGAUCCUGACUCUCACAAUCGCUGGGGUUUUUCUUGGCAACUCAAACAUGACCAGAUAUACUCGUUACCAUAGUGACGACAACAACAAUGGAUUGAAUUUGCGCCAUGUUCAUUGAAAAUGGGGUUAAUAUGUGGUGGUUGUGGUCACCAGUGCUUGGGAGAGGACUUUAUUUCAAGGAUUGCUUGAGGUAUGUUCACAUACUUUUAAUACGAUACAACUUGCAAGCAAGCAACAAAAGGUUACGUAGCCUAGAAACCAAGUGAUAGCACUAACAAUUGUACGUAAACAUCCCGGUGUUCUGUCAAAUAAUUUUCUUAAGUUUUGGUAUGUGUGUGUGUGUGUGUGUGUGUGUGAAGUAAUUUAUUCACAAUACAUUAAUUUAAAACUGCACCCAUUUUUCCUGUCAUGUUGUAAUGUUGCUUCCUCCUGACUGAUUGGAAUGUAUGACCUGAGAAUACUUGUCAAUAUACUCAGUAUACAGUAAACGAACAAAUAAUUUAAAUAAACAAACACGUUUAUCAAUCUUGUGAUUGGAUCGGUUAUCGUUUUUUUUUUUUUUUUUAAACUAAUCAAUUAUCUGCCCCAAGCAUCAUGAUCAUGUAAAGCCUUUUUUUUUUUUUUUUUUAACAAGGCUUUCCUGUUUGUUCCUGGUUUCUAAUGGUCCCUAUUAGCUUCUGGUGGCAGGGAUCUAGGAGCUACUAUUUAUAGUUUGCGGUUGUCUGUAAGGGUUUUUCCCGGUCCUUUCUAAUCUCUGAUGUCCUCUUCUGUAAUUCCUCCGUUAUUCCGUCCGUGGCC